GGGCCGGCCUCGCGCCGCGCUGCGCCCGCUCCCCAAAUACGUCUUGGCGGCGCCGGGGAGCGGAGCGGAGCCGUGCCCGGAGCCGUGCCCGGAGCCCUCGGCGGGGCCGCGGGCAGCCCUCGCGCCAUGGUGGUGAGAUCAACAACUGUGGACAGUUGUAUGUUGUCUACAUUGACUGACUUACGAAAGCUUCCCCUUCGUUUCAUGCUGUGCAGUGUUCAGGCUCUCUAUCAUUAAAAAGGCAUUUGUUUGGAUCACAAGCAUGUUUGGGGCACACAUUUGUUCCUGAGAUGAUUUAUAGCUACCAAUAAUCUUCCACAGUGGUUGCUUCAUCAAAUAUUCUGGCAUCUUCUUCUCUUGUUAGUAAACAGAAGAGUACUAUUAAAUACCAAGCCAAGUACUCUUAUCCUCAAUAGACAGUACAGUAUGUUCUGUACAAAACUGAAAGACUUGAAGAUCACAGGGGAAUGUCCUUUCUCCUUACUGACUCAAAGUCGUAUUGCUGAUGAACAUGAGAAGGGCUGCACAGAAAACAGCUCCAGAGCAGCUUUGCCCAUCUGCAAAGAAGUCCACGAAAAAGACACUCAAGGAAACCUUCCACAAAGGAAAACGAGCAGAAGUAGAGUGUACCUGCACACGUUAACUGAAAGCAUCUGCAAACUAAUAUUUCCUGAGUUUGAAAGACUAAAUCUUGCACUUCAGAGAACAUUAGCAAAGCACAGGAUAAAAGAAACCAGAAAAACUGGCGAUAGAGAAGAUUUUGAAAAAAUAAUCAGUGAUCAUGCUAUUGCAGCAGGUGUUCCUGUGGAGUCUCUACGAGAAUCUCUUGGUGAAGAGCUGUUCAAAAUAUGCUAUGAAGAGGAUGAACACAUACUGGGGGUUAUUGGAGGAACCCUUAAGGACUUCUUGAACAGUUUCACUACUCUGCUGAAGCAAAGUAGCCACAGUCAGGAAGCAGGGAAAAAGGACAGACUUGAAGAAGUUUCCAUAUUAUGCCUGGAGAAAGAUCAGGACUUCUUAAACGUGUAUUAUUUCUUUCCCAAGAAAAUCACAAGUCUUAUUCUAUCUGGCAUUAUUAAAGCAGCGGCUCAUAUUUUGUAUGAAACUGAGGUGGAAGUCAUGCUCAUGCCUCCUUGUUUCCAUAAUGACUGCACUGAGUUUGUUAAUCAGCCCUAUUUGCUGUACUCUAUACAAGUCAAAAGUGCAAAACCUUCUUUAUCUCCAUGUAAACCGCAGUCUUCACUUGUGAUUCCUGCCUCUGUGUUCUGUAAGAUCUUCCCGUUUCAUUUUAUGUUUGACAAGGAUAUGUCUGUUCUACAAGUUGGAAAUGGGAUAAGAAGGCUUUUGACCAGAAGAGAAUUUCAAGCUAAGCCCAAUUUUGAAGAAUAUUUUGAAAUUCUUACCCCUAAAAUAAGCUGCACGUUUAGUGGAAUAAUGACAAUGUUAAAUAUGCAGUUUACUGUACGAGUGAGAAGAUGGGAUAAUACUGAUCUGAAGUCAUCUAUGGUAAUGGAUCUCAAAGGCCAAAUGAUCUAUAUUCUUGAAUCCAGUGCAAUCCUAUUCUUGGGAUCUCCGUGUGUGGAUAGGCUAGAAGAUUUUACAGGACGUGGAUUAUAUCUUUCAGAUAUUCCUAUUCACAAUGCGCUGAGAGAUGUUGUUCUGAUUGGAGAGCAAGCCAGAGCUCAGGAUGGACUGAAGAAGAGGUUAGGAAAGCUGAAAGCAACCCUUGAACAGGCCCAUCAAGCACUUGAAGAGGAAAAGAAGAAGACCGUAGAUCUUCUGUUUUCUAUUUUUCCUGGAGAAGUUGCUCAGCAGCUGUGGCAAGGACAAGUGGUGCAAGCCAAGAAGUUUAAUAAUGUCACAAUGCUUUUCUCUGACAUUGUUGGAUUCACUGCCAUCUGUUCCCAGUGCUCACCUAUGCAGGUUAUAACCAUGCUUAAUGAGCUUUAUACUCGCUUUGAUUACCAGUGUGGAGAGUUAGAUGUCUACAAGGUUGAGACUAUUGGAGAUGCCUACUGUGUUGCUGGAGGUUUACACAAAGAAAGUGAGACCCAUGCUGUCCAAAUAGCAUUGAUGGCCCUGAAGAUGAUGGAGCUGUCAGAUGAGGUGGUGUCUCCCCAUGGAGAGCCUAUCAAGAUGCGUAUUGGCCUUCAUUCUGGAUCUGUUUUUGCUGGAGUUGUUGGAGUUAAAAUGCCUCGUUAUUGCCUCUUUGGAAAUAAUGUAACCCUUGCCAACAAGUUUGAAUCUUGCAGUGUACCUCGAAAAAUAAAUGUCAGCCCAACAACUUACAGAUUAUUAAAGGAGUAUCCAGGUUUUGUAUUUACGCCACGCUCAAGAGAAGAACUUCCUCCAAAUUUUCCCAGUGAUAUCCCUGGAAUUUGCUAUUUUCUGGAUGCUUAUAUUCAAGGAACAAGCUCACAGACUUGGUUUCAAAAGGAAGAUCUGGGAGAUGGCAAUGCCAAUUUUUUGGGUGAGGAAACGGGAAUAGACUAAAUCAUCUACUACAUUCACAAGCAUAUAGAAUAAAUGUAUAAAUAUUCUGGUUUUUUGGUUUUUUUUUUGUAUAAAUUGAAAAUUUAAAAAAAUAUAUGAAACGUGAAAGCACUUUAGAUUGAGACCACCUGAAAGCCAGUAUUAAAAUUUCAGGAAGUAUGUAACUGACUCCUUUAUGUUUUUCCUUUGUAUAAGGAAUGUAGUCACUAAAAUAAUAUUGCAACUUCACUGUUUAAAAUGCCACUAAAAAGUACAUGUUCCCUGUGGUAAUUUGUGAGUGCUACCUAACAACCCUCUCAGUUCUUUCUGCACUGAGAAUUCUAGGUGUAUUGUAUGUGCAGCGUGCCAGGAAGUGUAAUGUGCAAGUGAUGCAGACACAUGCAGUGUUGUGAGCUGGUGCUUAUCAGUGACUGUUACAAGUUUAUUUUAUUAGUGAUUCCAUAAGAAAAAUGGUCUUAAAAAUAUCAUCACUGCUACCACAUGCUCCUUCAAGAACAUCCUUUGGGCUCCAUCCGUACAGCUGCUGACCGUCUUCUAACACUUGCUGAAGUCAGUGUGUUGAGUGUGCUCAGCAUCUUCUGGAUAGGGCUGCUAAUUGUAGCUAACACACAUAUACAUACAAGAGUUUCCUGCUUACUGUUUCCUGAACUUUCUUCCGUGUAUAAAAUGAAUAUAGGUUCUGUAUAAUCACUGUAUAAUCACGUCCUACAGUUUCUGUAAUCAUCAAACAGUAUUUUAGUUCUCGGGGUUUUUAAAACACUUUAUAAAAAUAAUAUCAACUUGCUAUGAUGUAUUAGAGCAAUAAAUGUUUUUCUUUGUUGUUGUUGUCA